CCACUCUCGUCUCUUCUCUCUCUCUUUUCUUUGGCGGUUUCUAUGGCGGAGUUUCCACCGAAUCCUGAUGACGGCGAGCUCUGGCUGCCGUCGGAGAUAUUCCCGGACGUCGGCGUCGGCCUCCGCCACCACAGCCAGCCCGCUCCCCCCGAUCUCUCCUACUUGGACGACCUCGCCGAGAAACUUGCCGCCUUCGGCCUCCUCGAUCGCAGCCACCUUCUCCGACCCAACCAUCAUCCCUCCGACGGGUUUCGUUUUGAUAACGGAUCAGUUUCACGGUUCGGUCCUUCGGCGGAGAGGGAGGCUGGAGCGGGGAUGGUGUACGACGGGUUCCGUUCCCCGGCGGUUUCGAGGCGGGUGCUUGGCGCCGCCGCCGCCGCCGCCGCCGCCGCUUCGCGGCCGGUGUUUCCUUUUUCCGCGGCGAAGCCGUCUCAGGUGGAGGCUUUUGGCCAGGGGAGAAGUGGGGUUAUGGCAAGACAGCAGCAGUUGCCGAUUCGAGGUCGGCGGUUCGUUCCGGUUCGGACCGGCGGGACUGGGAGGGAGUGUGGGGGCACCGGCGUGUUCCUUCCUCGGGUGAGCCGUAACGAAGUCGUGGCUCCAACGAAGAACAGACCUAGUAGGCAUCAAAAAUGGAGGAGAGCGACAGAAGCAGGCCAUGGGGAAGCAAGGAAUGCCAUUUCAUCAGGCUCCUCCUCCUGAGAUGCGUCUGCCUCAGGACUGGACCUACUGAGAGGCCCCCAUUCCCCUCACCCAUCCCCUUUGUCAGUCGCUGUGUAAAGAAAAAGACCACCCCCUUGUUUUCUCGUGCUGUUGUCUUUUGAGGAAUAAGUACAAGGAAAGCAGAGGAAGGAGGGUGGGGGGGUUUGGGAAUGGAUGCCGUGGAAGGGGAAAAAAAAUAGAGAACGAAAGGAAGUGGAAAUAACUAGCUUGGUCUGUAGCAAUGGAAGGAAAUAACAGCACUUGGACGAGGGAAGCUGAUAGGAUUGAAUUUUUUUUUCCUUUUUUUUUAAAGUCUGUCUUCGUUGUCUUUUGUCUCUUUAGUCCUCCUGGCUUGUUUGCCUCAGUACUGUAUACAUGUAUUAAUUAAUUAAUAAAAAUGAUAUAUUAAUAGGAAG